AUGAUCGAUGACCGAAUCGUCACCUUGACCGUCGGCCCAGGACCAACGACCACAGACUGCGCCGUCCACGAGGCCAUCCUCCGCGAACACUCGCCGUUCUUCCGCACUGCGCUCGACAAGAAAUGGCGCGAAGGACGAUCGAGGAUCAUCGAAUUGCCUUACGACGAUGCAGACGUUGUAGCGGCGUACGUCGACUGGCUGUACUUCAGGAAGAUCGCGUCGAAACCCAUCUCGCCGCCCGAGCUGCCGAUUGACGACGGCGAGUACCAGUUCCUCGCCAGGCUGUAUGCUUUUGGGGAAAAAGUCCAAGCAGACUCUUUCUGCGACAACGUCAUUGACGCAAUGGCGCAAAAGACCGACGACAUCGCGGCCGACGGGACGAGGACCUUCCCUAGUCACUCGGCGAUCAUGGCGCUGUACAACGGCACCCCUAGCGACUCGCCGGCGCGGCAGUUCGUCGUCGAUAUGUAUGCCGAGUUUGGCGCUGAGAAGUGGGUUCCGAAAGAGGCGGAGUUCAACCAUGUCGAGUUCUUGACGGAUCUCGCGCGUGCGUUGCUCGACAGGAGUCAGGCGAGUUCUUUGCAUAAGCAGUCGAAUUAUCCCCGAAGGCGGAAGUGGUAUAAGAAUGGAGAUAGCGCGGAGUUUUUGCAACCGGCGACGUCUAGAGAGAGGAUCAGAAUUGGAGCGGCUGAGUAG